AUGUAUCCCAUAUCUGAUAGCAAAUGGGUAAGUCCAGUACAGUGUGUGUCUAAGAAGGGCGGAAUGAUGGUGGUUACUAAUGAGAAGAAUGAGUUAAUCCCCACAAGAACAGUGACUGGGUGGCGAAUCUGUAUGGAUUACAGAAAGUUGAAUGACGCCACCAGAAAGAACCAUUAUUCGGUACCUUUCAUUGAUCAAAUGUUGGAUAGGCUGGCAAGUCAGAAAUACUAUUGUUUCCUUGAUGCCAUAUUUCAGACAUGUAUGAUGGCAAUAUUCCAUGAUAUGGUGGAGCAUUUUGUUGAAGUGUUCAUGGACGACUUCUCCGUGUUUGGUGAGUCUUUUGAACUUUGCUUGACUAAUCUUGACAGAGUUCUUGCCAGGUGUGAAGAAACAAGUCUGGCAUUUAAGCUGCUGAAAAAGAAGUUGAUUAAAGCUCUUAUUCUGAAUGCUCCAAAUUGGGAGCUUCUUUUUGAGCUUAUGUAUGAUGCCAGUGGCAUAGUUGUUGGGGCAGUACUUGGGCAGAGAAAAGAAAAGAUGUUCCAUUCCAUCUACUAUGCGAGCAAGACACUUGAUGCAGCUCAAUCAAAUUACAUUGUGACUGAAAAAAAAGAUGCUGGCAUUAGUGUUCAUGCCAAGCCGAGGUUGAUUAGGUGGAUUCUACUACUACAAGAGUUUGAUCUUGAGAUAAGGGAUAGGAAGGGAACUAAGAACCAGAUAGCUGAUCAUUUGUCCAGACUGGAAGAUUCAAUUCAUGUGAAGAAUGAGGGGCGAAUUCGUGAAAAGUUUUCUGAUGAGCAAUUGCUUGCUUUGGACAUUGCUCAAGUGCCUUGGUAUGUUGAUAUUGUGAAUCUUCUAGUGAGUGGUUUAUUUCCACCUAGGGCCUCAACACAUCAAAAGCAGAGGCAGAAGUAUGAUGCACGUUUCUAUAUAUGGGAUGAGACCUUCUUAUUCAAGCAGGGACCUGAUCAGAUGAUGAGAAGGUGUAUAGCUGAGCAGAAGGCGACACAAAUGUUGGAGAGUUGUCAAUCUUCACCAUAUGGUGGACACCAUGGAGGCAAACGAACUGCGCAUAAGGUAUUCCAAUCUGGUUUCUUUUGGCCUAAUUUGUUUAAAGAUAUUGCUUUGUUUGUGAAAGGUUGUGAUCAAUGUCAAAGGAUGGGCCCCAUUUCGAAGAGGCAUGAGAUGCCAUUAAGCAAUAUACUGGAGGUUGAGAUCUUUGAUGUCUGGGGGAUAGACUUUAUGGGACCAUUCACAUCGUCCCAUGGUAAUCAAUACAUCUUAGUCGCAGUGGACUACGUGUCUAAGUGGGUGGAGGUAGUUGCGCUACCAUCCAAUGAUGCAAAAGUGGUUGUGAAGUUCAUCCAGAAACACAUCUUCACCAGGUUCGAAACUCCAAGGGCUAUGAUCAGUGAUGGAGGUACGCAUUUUAUUAAUAAUUCAGUACAUAAUUUGUUAGCCAAAUAUGGAGUGAGACACAAGGUGGCUACAAUAUACCACCCCCAAACUAGUGGGCAAGUGGAAGUGUUGAAUAUGAAGGUCAAGCAGAUCCUCCAAAAGACUGUGAAUGCACAAAGAAAAGAUUGGGCUGACAAGUUCGAUGAUGCUUUGUAG